AAUAACCACGCAUGCGCCUUCCAUUAUAAACAGGAAUGGCCGCUAAAAUGCUAAGCGCAAUUUUCCCGCUAAAGUGGGUUCGGUGUUUAAUAGUGUGGUGUGGCCCCAAAUUGGUGCAAAAUGAGCACUUUGGACAAAUUCAUCAAGUUGGGGACGGCCGGUGAGGGCACCUACGGCAUCGUCUACAAGGCCAAGAACAAAGUAACUGGUAAAAGUGUUGCCCUUAAAAGGAUCAAAUUGGAAAAGUUCAACAAGAAUGAUUACACCGAGGGGGUUCCUUCCACGGCCAUUCGGGAAAUCUCCAUCCUGAAGGGGCUCAGGCACUCGGCCAUUAUUGAGCUACAGGACGUUAUGUACACCUCGGAUAAGUUGUACUUAGUUUUUGAAUAUUUGGACCUGGAUCUCAGGAGGUAUCUGGACGGGUCUACUAAGCCUCUAGAGAAGGAACUCAUUAGGAACUACAUGAAACAAUUAUGCGAAGGCCUUUCCUAUUUACACACCCAGCGCAUUCUUCACCGUGAUAUCAAGCCCCAAAACUUGCUAGUCGAUAAAGAAGGCCACAUCAAAAUCGCCGACUUUGGCCUCUCUCGCUGUUUUUCCAUACCAACAAAACCGUACACCCACGAAGUGGUGACAAUGUGGUACAGAGCGCCUGAACUGCUCCUAGGUUCUAAGCUGUACACCAAUGGGAUCGACGUGUGGAGUCUUGGGUGUGUUAUGGCAGAAAUGUUGUUAAAACGUGCCCUUUUCCCCGGUGACUCAGAAAUCGACCAAAUGUUCAAAAUUUUCAAAACUCUGGGAACGCCAAACGAGGAAAUGUGGCCGGGGGUGUCGUCACUGCCGGCCUAUGAGGUCUGGUUUCCGCAGUGGAAGCCGUGCGAGCUUAACACUCAAAUUAAAUUCAACGAUUCGGAGGAAGAAGAGUUUCUUAAAUUGUUGUUGGUUUAUGAUCCGUUUGUGCGGAAGUCGGCCAAAGAUUUGCUAAGUCUGCCCUAUAUUAAGAGAGCCAAGCUCACGACGCCUGAUAUGAAGCCGUUUCCUGACGAAGAGGAGGACUCUGAGUGACUGCUUCACGUACAAAUUAAAUUGUUGCAAUUUAUGCAAUGUUCCCAUAAUGUGACAUUAAUUUUUUUUAAUAAAAUUGUUCGGUUA